GAUCAUACCAUCUCUCAGAAGCGACAUUUCCUUCCCAAAAAGAGAUUCAACAAAAUGGACGUCUCCAGAGACAUUAAAGUCGAACCCAAGCGAGAAAGAAGGCUAGGAGGAAACAGAGCGGCACUGUUUGUGUUCGCUGCGGAGGGACUAGAGAACAUGGCAUUCAUCUGUAUGGCCGUCAGCCUGGUGACUUAUUUCUAUGGGUACAUGAACUUCAGCUUAACAAAAUCUGCCACAACACUUACCAACUUCAUGGGUACUUCAUUUUUAGUGGCGCUGUUUGGAGGGUUCAUUUGCGACACCUAUAUGACAAGAUUCAAGGCUUGUGUCUUGUUUGGAUGCGUGGAGUUUAUGGGAUAUGGCCUCCUAACAGUCCAAGCUCACUUCCACCAUCUAAGACCAAGUCCUUGCAAAGGUGUUUCACCAGACCAAUGUGAAGGUGCAGAUGGGAGCCAAGCUGCAAUACUUUUCGCCGGUCUGUACCUUAUUGCGUUUGGUACUAGUGGUGUCAAAGCUUCUUUGCCAUCAUUAGGAGCUGAUCAAUUCGACGAGAAUGACCCUAAGGAGGCAUCUCGAUUGUCUAGUUUUUUCAACUGGUUGAUGUUUAGCAUCACCAUUGGAGCUAUACUAGGAGUCACUGUUAUUGUAUGGAUAAGUACAAACCAAGGGUGGGAUUUGGGUUUUGGUGUGAGUGCUAUAGCAGUCCUUCUUGCUAUUUUCUUUGCAAGCAUGGGCAAGUCCUUGUAUCGCAACAAUGUGCCCAAGGGAAGCCCCCUCACAAGCUUUGCGCAGGUAUUUGUGGCUGCAAUCCGGAACCGAGGCCUUCCAAUUCCAGAGAAGGCAGAAGACUUGCAUGAAAUUCAUGACAAAGAUGCAGGGGUGAAACGAGAAAUUCUUCCAUGGACCGACCAAUUCAGGUUCUUGGACCGGGCAGCAAUCGCAAAGACGACUAACGAUGCGUCAACCUCAAUCAGCCAUGGACCCUGGAGGCUAUGCUCAGUGACACAAAUUGAACAAACAAAGAUCCUAAUCCGCAUGCUUCCAAUUAUACUUAGCACUGUUUUCAUGAACACUUGCUUGGCUCAGCUCCAGACUUUUUCGGUCCAACAGAGCAUCACAAUGGACACACGUGUGUUUGGCUUCCAAGUUCCUGGCCCCUCACUACCAGUAAUCCCCCUGCUAUUCAUGUUUGUUCUAAUCCCCAUAUACGAACGCGUUUUCGUACCUCUUGCUCGAAAAAUCACAGGGAUUCCAACUGGAAUUCGACAGCUCCAGCGCGUUGGAGUCGGUCUAGUGCUCUCAGCAAUCUCCAUGGCAGUUGCUGGAGUUGUGGAAACAAGUCGCAAAUCGGUGGCUGUUGAACACAACAUGGUUGACUCAACUGAGCCGUUGCCAAUGAGUUUCUUAUGGCUUGGGUUCCAAUAUGCGAUUUUUGGAGCAGCUGAUAUGUUCACAUUGGUUGGGCUGCUAGAAUUUUUCUAUGCAGAGAGCUCGGCUGGUAUGAAAUCGCUGAGCACAGCAAUCUCAUGGUGUUCACUGGCAUUUGGCUACUUCUUGAGCUCUGUGGUGGUAGAGGUGGUAAACAAAGUUACUGGUGGAUGGCUGGCUAAUAACAAUUUGAAUAGAGACAAGUUGAACUACUUUUACUGGCUAUUAGCAGGGAUAAGCAUAGUGAAUUUUGGAGUUUACUUGGCUUGUGCAUCUUGGUAUAGAUAUAAGAAAAGGGGGGAAGUGAAUCAAAUAGAAAACGGUGGCGGAGGCGAUGCCAAGGGAAAAGCUCAGAUGGUAUGAAUUUAUUACA